UAGGGCCAUUAGGGCCUUUCGAAUCUACACAUAUGGAUAUACAUGUUAAAAAUCGGAUUUUAAUGUAAUUACCAACAAGAUAGGUUUCAAUAGAUACAAUCAAUGUUCGUAAAUCUAGUGUUUAUUGUUGUUUCUUGAUGUACUCUACAAACUUAUUUCUAUCAUCCAACAUGGAAGCUAUUGAGGAUGGGUAUAAAUUAUCAGACAAUGGCAGACCUGGCUGAUAUCGCUGUGGCUGUACAACCGUGGUAAUAUCACGUUAUGUUAACCUCGUCUGACACAGUAGAUUAACUACUUUCGCGUGAAAUGCAUUAAAACAAAUCAAUGUUACGAGCAGACGAAGAUUACACUUUAUAGGAACUGUCGGAUAAUGGAUAUACAGAAGACGUCUGUUGCUUCGGUAGUUCUCGACAGAACAACAGGCAACAAUUGACACUGUGAUAAUCUCACAAGCCGUGAUUAAUUUCCAUCAAAUCCAAUGUGAAUUUUCUAUACCAAAAAACUUCCGAUAUAUUUUCGGUAAAAUAGAUUACACGCUUUUAAUACAAAUUUGUGAAUUCUAUUUUUAGACUGUGUCUGUAUGUAUAAUAUGAUCCCCUCAAAAACUUCAAAAAGUUUCAGAAUAGCCUGGCGACGAGUAAAGGAUAGCGGUAGCGACAGUCGAUCGAUAUCUUGUAUACAGGGUAUCUUUCAUGUACUUGGCGUCGAGACGCUACCGCGUCUCUAGAUAUUGCAUUUUCUGUCUGUCGAAUCAGAAUCAAAAUCUUAAUGUUCCGUCGAAUCACCUGGGAAUCACAAAAAAGAUGAAGUUAAAUUACAAACAGUUGCCUAUAAAGGCACAUUACUUUUUCUUCAUGGCAGCGAUGGGUCCAAUUCUUCCAUUUUUACAAGUCUAUGGCAAACAACUUGGAAUAUCCGUAUUAGUUAUGGGCAGUAUCACAGCCAUUUUACCAAUUUUAUUUUUAAUCGCGAAGCCAGCCUUUGGUUUUCUCAUAGAUUAUUUUGAUUCCUGGAGAAAAGCCAUUUUCAUAGCAUUACUAGCGACUACGAGUGCUUGUUUCGUCUGCAUGUAUCUUUUACCAGCAAUGCCGGGACCAGUCUUACCAGACCAUAGAUUCGUUAACGUAUCUUGCAUGUCGUUGUCACACUGUUCGUCAGAAGUAAGCUUUUACAACCGUUGGAAGUUUCUCAUUUUUCUAAAGUCAAACAUUCAUGAUAUCUUACGAGCACGAAUUCUUGACUUUCUUAAAUAUACAUCUGUGACUCCUGAUUUAUUUAAGGACAUUUCAAGACUAGAUUCAUGUACCGGAGCAAAGGCUACAGUGUGUCACUGGACUUGCGCUAACGAUACAUUUUCUACACCGAUGCUGUUUCAAGCAGUCCAAGGAGAAGCAAGCAUUUCCUCGAACACCACGUGUUUAAUGGAUGUAAAUGCUACAUCGUAUUGUUCGGAGAAUAUUAAUUGUAACGUUGUCUGUGAUAAUUUCGAAGAAAAGCAUUGCCUGUAUACAUCUUCUACUUUCUGGGGCUUUGUCAUUUUAUUGUGCCUUGGCAAUAUUGGCUUUAACGUAUCCAACAGUAUAAGCGACGCGGUUUGCUUUGAUAUACUAGGAGCAGGUGGUGAAAUGGGAUAUGGUAGACAACGCGUAUGGGGAACGAUAGGUUUUGGAAUUUCUGCCCUUUUGGCUGGCUGUGCAGUGGAUUAUUGGUCGAAAGGAAAAUCCCUGAAGAUUUACACGCCUGCAUUUUUACUUGUCUUUGUAUUUUCACUCUUCGAUUUACUUUGUUGCAGAAAAUUAAAACUACCGAUUAUGGGAGGGUCCACAAAUAUAAUAAAAGACGUUUAUGAGCUUUUAAAAUUAAAACAUAUAAUUAUAUUUCUUUGCUUCGCGACACUUGCUGGCAUACUUGACAGCUUCAUGAUUUAUUUUUUAUUUUGGUAUUUGGAAGAUCUGGCUAAAGUAACUGGUCAUAUGAACGAAAUUAAUUUAAUAGAAGGUUUAAUAGUCGCUGCGGAAACUUUGGUUGGCGAAGUGAUAUUCUUUUCGUUUUCCGGUAAAAUUUUAAAGAAGCUAGGAUUCGGGUAUACUUUUACAUUCUGUUUCGCAUGUUACGCGUUACGCCUUUAUCUAAUUUCUUUGGCGUCAAACCCGUGGUGGGUAAUUUCGAUCGAAUUAUUUAUGCAAGGACCAACUUAUGCGCUUUGUUAUACAACGAUCGUUGCAUAUGCGAGCAAAGUCGCCCCAACCGGUACAUCCGCCACUGUCCAGGGAAUCGUAGCUGGCAUGGACGACGGUUUUGGUUUUGCAAUAGGUAGUCUGAUAGGUGGAGUUUUAUAUGAAAUAUUUGGAGGCGUAACCACAUUACGAAUAUUUUCGUUUACCGCCGCUGUGUCUGCACUCGUGUACCUUGUUUUACAUCUGGUGUUUUUAAAACAUUUAACGCCCGGCACGAAGAACAACGUGGAGUGGAAACUGCCUCAAGAAGCAAACGAGGCGUGCGUCACUGCUAGAAGCUAAAUUUUUUAUUGUUAAGAAAAAGGACGAGUUUAUUUCUCAGGCACUGGAUAGAUGUACUUUCAUUGCCCGUUGAGAAUGUUCGAGUUACAAAUGUUUAAGUUUUCAUAUUUUGUUCGUUUUGUGUCUUAAGUUUAUUAUUUUAUAUCCUGACCGCGUCAACACGUUAUGGGCUCGGGAAACGCGAAAGUACACGGGAAAUAAAUUUCUUAGACACGCGUAGCUUGGA